CUCGCGACAAGUCGGUAAAAUGGCUGUGUCUCGCGGAGCCUCGUGCUGGUUUGGUUGAUAUCUAGCUCGCGCUCUCGUUCUGUAACAGAAGCCCCCUCCAACACACACUCAUACACUAGUGUCGGUGAAAUUCAUUUCCCCGGCUCUGUAUUUAUAUGUUUUUUCUUUCACAAACUUUCCCCUCUCUGUUUUAACUUUAAACGGAGUCGCGGUGGAUUACCGGAUACCGGUCCGGACGGAGGGCAAAGGGGGGAAUGAACCGGGACAACGGGUACGUUGUUAUAAAUAUAAUUGUAUUUAUAUUCAAUGGUUAUUCGGAGUUUUAUUGUGAGUGAGUCGCCUUGCUGAGUGAGAGAGGCAGAGAAAGAGUGGGGGAGAGAGAGAGGGAUAUCAUGGCCGCUCAGGUCGCCAGCGUCGCCACUCUCAACACUAGCCCGCCAUCCGAACUCAAAAAGCCGGAUCGGGACCCACAGGAGGAGUCGGUACCGGGAGAGAAACAGCAUGAAAAUAAGGAACCGGGACCUGACGGCGGAUCUCCUGGUCAGAAGGAGCUGCAGGACGGGACCGAUGCUGGAAAUGCUGGGGGAGGAGGGGAUCCUGACAUGAAGAACGGCAACGGGAAUUUGCCCAGGGUAAAUAAUAAUAGCAGUAAUCAGAAUGAUUCAGGCGGGCCCGAAGGGAAUAACCAUCCCGGGAUGGGACACCACCACCCGGGCCCCUUUCCUCCACCUCCUUACGGUUACAACCAGCACUACAGCCGGGCCCCUUUUCAUCAACAUGGCGGACAACAAAGCCCUGGCAUGGCAGCUGCAUCGGGGCCGGGCAUGAUGGACCCUUAUCCCCCUAAUUCACACGAACACGGCUACCCCAACCAUUAUAACAACUACAGCCCGUUCCCGAACAGGACUACUUAUCAGGGCCAGGGGUACGCGGCCAUGAAUUCCCCGCGUAAUAACCAGCCUCCGGCGGCUGGGGGGCAGCCAGGCAAGCAACAGCCAGCAGGAGGAACCACAGCUAUGGCUGCCUCUUAUAAUAAUCAGAGGUAUAACAUGGGAAACCAACAACCUACAUCUACGCCAACUUUAAACCAGCUUCUGACAUCUCCCAGCUCGAGGAGCUAUCCGAAUUUUCCCCAAGGAGACUAUAACAAUCAGGAAGGGGCCAACAAGGGACCAGGAGAUAUGGGCAGCAGUCAGUAUGGUGGGGUCCAUCCGGGUUGGCAACAAAGGGCCCAUCAUCCGCCUCCCAUGAGCCCGGGAAACACUGGACAACCUCCAAACAGAAAUCAGAAUGUGGCUCUGACAGUAUCCAAUGGGUCUCAAGUGGAGUUGGUGAAUGUAAAGCCUCCAAGCCCCAUGGACCAGGUUGGGAAGAUGCGUGGGCAGCCAUAUGGAGGUCCCAACCCUUACUCCCAGCAGCAGCAGCAGCAGGGGCCUCCCACAGGGCCUGGACCCCAGCAGGGAGGCUCUUACCCAGGUCAAGCCUACGGACCUCCGGGACCCCAGAGAUAUCCAAUGGGGAUGCAGAGCCGGACACCUGGAGGAAUUGGUGGCAUGCAGUAUGGACAACAGAUGUCAGCCUAUGGACAACAGGGGCCCGCUGGCUACGGUCAGCAGAGUCAAGGCUACUAUGGUCAGCAUGCCCCCCCUUCCCACCCUGGGCAGCAGCAGCAGCAGCAGCAGCAGCAGCCAUACCCCAGUCAGCCCCAAGGCAGUUCCGGUCCUCCCUACGCCCAGCAGGGCCAUCCUUCUCAGCCCCCUGGCCAACACGGGCAACCGGGUGCCCCUUACCAACAGUCCCAAGGUCCCCACGGUGCUCCACAAGGUCAACCUCCUUAUAGCCAGCCCCAGCAGUCCCAGCCAGGGCAGCCACCCUACGGCGCUCCCCAACAGCAGCAGCAGCCUCAGCAGCAGCAGCAGCAGCAGGGUCCAGGCUCUCAGAGCCAACAGGGCCCUCAAGGUCAGCCUGGCUACCCACAACCCACUGGGCCAGGGCAACCACCCCAGCAACAACAAACACCGCAGCAACAGCAGCAACAAGGGCCUCCACAGCAACAGCAACAACCAGGAGGCCCCCCUCCUCAGGCUCAGCAGCCUCCAGGGCACGGGCAGCAGGGUCAGCCGUCGCCAUACUCCCAGACUCCCCCACUGCAACAGCAGCAGCAACAACAACCACAACCACAGCAACAGCAACAGUCAUCAUAUCAGAGGUUCCCGCCUCCUCCACAGGAACUCUCCCAGGAUUCCUUUAGCUCACAGUCCAGUGCUCCUCCUUCCAACCAGCCCAUGGCUUCCAACAAGAGCAGUCAAGAAGACAGCAUGCAGGCCCGGCCUUCCAGUCUGCCGGAUCUAUCUGGCUCCAUCGAUGACCUGCCCACCGGUACCGAGGGGGCCUUGAGCCCGGGCGUCAGCACCUCUGGGGUGUCCAGCAGUCAGGGCGAGCAGAGCAAUCCCGCCCAGUCGCCCUUCUCACCACACACUUCGCCCCACCUGCCGGGCAUACGAGGGCCUUCUCCGUCACCUGUGGGUUCCCCCGCCAGCGUCACCCCCUCCCGCACCGGCCCUCUGUCACCUGCUGCUGUGCCAGGUAAUCAGAUGCCUCCCCGGCCACCCAGCGUCCAGUCCGACAGCAUCAUGCACUCUUCCAUGAACCAGUCAGCCAUGGGCCAGGACAGGGUGUACAUGCGUAACCCCCAGAUGCCUCCUUACGGGUCCCCUGGACAACCUGGCUCCGCCUUAUCUCCACGCCAGUCUUCAGGAGGCCAGAUGCACAGUGGGAUGGGGCCGUAUCCACAGAACAACUCAAUGGGAAACUACGGUCCUCAAGGGGGCCAGUAUGGGCCGCAAGGUUAUCCCAGGCAGCCUGGCUACACAGGGAUGCCCAACGCCAACUACCCCAGCGGCCCCGGCAUGGCUGGUUCCAUGAACCCCAUGCCUGGUCAGGGCAGCGGUGCUCCAUACGGAGGCAUGCCCCCAGGCAGAAUAGGCCCAGGGCAUGGUGCUCGACCCUAUGGUCCUGGUAUGGGCACAAACAUGGCUGGCAUGCCACCCCAGGUGGGUUCUGGGAUGUGCCCACCUCCAGGCAUGAACAGGAAGGAUGGCGGUCCUGCCAUGCACCAUGGACCCACAAACUCUAUACACAACAGGCCACCCGGCUACCCUAACAUGUCCCAGGGUAUGAUGGGAACAGGUUCUCCAUACGGCCCUGGUAUGAACAGCAUGCAUGGCAUGAUGAACCAGGGAGGGCCGGGGCCAUACCCAAUGGGAGGCAACAUGGCCAACAACACCCCUGGAAUGGCUCCCAGUUCAGAGUUUGGCAUGGACAAAAUGAACCCUGCCCAGAAGAUGAACAACAAAGUGGAAGGGACUCCGAAGCCAGAAUCCAAAAAGAAGUCAAGCUCUUCCACCAUCACCAACGAGAAGAUCACUCGUCUGUACGAGCUUGGCCCAGAGCCAGAGAGGAAGAUGUGGGUGGAUCGGUACCUGGCUUUCGCUGAGGAGAAGGCUAUGGGCAUGAACAACCUACCCGCUGUCGGACGCAAACCUCUCGACCUCUUCAGACUCUACGUGUCUGUCAAAGAGAUCGGUGGUCUCACACAGGUGAACAAGAACAAGAAGUGGAGGGAGCUGGCCACCAACCUGAACGUGGGCACGUCGAGCAGCGCCGCCAGUUCGCUAAAGAAACAGUACAUCCAGUGUUUGUACGCCUUCGAGUGCAAAAUUGAGCGCGGCGAGGACCCGCCUCCGGACUUUUUCAACACGGAUAACAAAAAGAACCAGCCCAAGAUCCAGCCUCCCAGCCCAGCUGGUUCUGGAUCCCUGCAAGGCCCCCAGACUCCUCAGUCCACCAGUAGUUCCAUGGCAGAAGGAGGAGACCUGAAACCACCGACUCCAGCCUCAACCCCACAUUCACAAAUGCCCCCCAUGCCUGGUGUCAGGAGUAGUGUUAAUCUGCAGGACCCCUUCGCUGAUGGUGGAGACCCUGCAUUCCCCAGAAGGAAUGCUAUGACCCCCAACUCUCAGGGCUACCAGCCUGGGAUGGGUGGUCCGGAGAUGAUGGGUCGGAUGGCUCCCUAUGAGUCCAGCAAGGACCCCUUUGGUGGCAUGAGGAAAGCUGGUGAGCAGUUCAUGCAGCCCGGACCCAACAGUGGAAUGGGAGAGCAGUACAACAGAGGCCCCCCAGGCCCUAUGGGUAACAUGCAGAUGAGCCAGAGGCAACAGUAUCCUUAUGGAUACGACCGAAGACAGGAACCAGGCAUGGGCCCUGACGGCAGCAUGGGACCAGGAGCUCCACAGCCCAACAUGAUGCCUUCUGGAGCCGACACAGGGAUGUACUCACCAAGCCGCCCUCCACCACAGCAACGGCAUGACUCCUAUGCCAACCAGUACCCUGGCCAGGGAGCUCCCCCUGGUGGCCCAUAUUCAAAUCAACAACCAGGAAUGUAUCCACAGCAGCAACCGAACUACAAGCGCCCUGUAGAUGGAGGUUAUGGCCCACCUGCUAAGCGCCAUGAGGGUGAAAUGUACAACGUCCCCUACAGUGGUCAGCAGCAGCCAGGACCCCAAUCCUCAGGACCACAGGGUCAACAGGACAUGUAUAACCAGUAUAAUGCAUACCCAGGAGGGGACCGCAGACCACCAGGCCCACAGAACCAGUUCCCCUUCCCCUUUGGCCGGGACAGAGGGCCAUCAUCUGCAGGCCCCAACUCCCAGUCACCAAUGCCUUCCCAGAUGAUGGUAAGCCCCAUGCCUUCAGGUCCUGAUGGACCCCAGGGUCCAAUGUGGCAGGGCCGCAAUGAAAUGGGCUAUCCCAACUAUCCCAACCGGCAGGGUCCUCCUGUACCCGGCCAGGGACCCGGAUACCACGGCAUGAACCGCUCUGAGGAGAUGAUGUCCUCAGACCAACGCAUGAACCACGAGGGUCAAUGGCCCGGCCACGUCAACCAGCGGCAGCCACCGUUCGGCCCUGGAGGCUCUGGACCACCCAUGACAAGACCCCUGCCAUCCACCUACCAGACUUCCCAGAACCACAUUCCUCAGGUGUCGAGCCCAGCACCCAUGCAGCGGCCCUUGGACAGCAGGACGUCGCCCAGCAAGUCCACUUACAUGCAUCCGGGCAUCAAAGUGCAGAAAGCUGGACCCCCAGUGCCCGCCUCUCACAUUGGCCAGGCCCCUGUGCAGCAACCAAUGAUCAGGAGAGAUGUGGCCUUCCCUCCUGGCUCUGUGGAGGCCUCCCAACCCCACCUUAAGCCCCGCAAGAGGCUCACCAUGAAAGACAUCGGUACUCCUGAGGCUUGGAGAGUAAUGAUGUCACUGAAGUCAGGCUUGCUUGCUGAAAGCACCUGGGCCUUGGACACCAUUAAUAUUUUAUUGUAUGAUGACAGUAGCAUUACUACUUUUAACUUAUGCCAGCUGCCUGGAUUCCUGGAGCUGGUGGUGGAGUACUUCAGACGCUGCCUCAUCGAGAUCUUUGGCAUCCUAAAGGAGUACGAAGUAGGAGACCCGGGCCAGCGCACCCUCAUAGACCCCAACGCUGCUGAUGACGACUCUGAUGAUGAGAUUCCAAUGCCUGAGGGAGGGGACAUGGACACAGAUGAAGAAGACGAGGAUGAGGAGGAGGUAGAGGAAAAGGCCAAUCCUGACAACUCGUCACUGGUCCAGGUGAAACAGGAGGAGGAGGACUCCCUGAGAGACAAGUCUUCAGAGGAUGAGGAAGAGGAGAAGGAAAGGGAGUCUUCUGUCAAGGAACCCAUUACCUCUACCUCAGGGUCCUCCCAGGACCCCAGCAUCCACUCGGAAAAGCCCAAGCAGGCCAGCAAGUUCGAUAAACUCCCCAUCAAGGUGGUCCGUAAGAAGAACCCCUUCCUGGUGAACCACUCAUCCAAGCUUGGGCAGCGGCAGAGCUUCGACAGUGGCCUGAUACACUGGAGCAUUGGCGGCGGGGACACUACGGAACACAUCCAGACCCACUUUGAGAGCAGGAUGGACCUGCUCAAACAGCGGAAACGCACACCAACAGCCACUGAGAGCCGCAAGAAGGUCCAGGUCCAGGUCCAGGUCCCUCCAGCCGUGACAGAGACCUCUGACACAUCCAAGUCCAGUGGAGAGGACAAGCCCCGGCAGCAACAGCAGCCCCAGUCCUCGGAACCUCAGAAGUCUUCAGCAGAGAAGACCAGUUCUCCUGCUCUUCCCAUCGGCGCGCCGGUCACUGCCACCAUCGAUGACGUGCUAUCAGCCCGCCCAGGGUCGGUUACAGAAGAAGUGGUUCGUGGAGGAGCUGAGGAGCAGAAGGAGAACGGCAAGUACCUGUUCAGCAUUAACCCCGACCUCCAGAGCCGCCGCAACGUGAAGAUCCUGGAAGAUGAGCCUCACAGCAAAGAUGAAACGCCGCUCAGCACUCUGUCGGACUGGCAGGACUCGCUAGCGCGGCGGUGCAUCUGUGUGUCCAACAUUGUGCGCAGCCUCUCCUUUGUCCCAGGGAACGACCUGGAGAUGUCCAAACACCCGGGCCUGCUGCUGCUGCUGGGCCGCCUGGUGCUGCUCCACCACAGGCACCCCGAACGGAAACAAGCACCCGUCACUUACGAGAAGGAGGAGGAGGAGGACGAAGGCGUGAGCUGCGAGAGAGACGAGUGGUGGUGGGACUGUCUGGAGGUGUUGCGGGAGAACUGCCUGGUCACUCUGGCCAACAUCUCAGGCCAGCUGGACCUUUCUAUCUACCCAGAGAGCAUAUGCCUGCCACUACUGGAUGGCCUGCUCCACUGGGCCGUGUGCCCCUCAGCCGAGGCACUGGACCCCUUCCCCACGCUGGGGCCCCAUGGCUCACUUUCCCCCCAGAGACUGGUCCUAGAGACCCUCAGCAAGCUCAGCAUCCAGGACAACAACGUCGACCUCAUUCUGGCAACGCCGCCGUUCAGCCGCUUGGAGAAGCUCUAUGGCUCGCUGGUGCGCUUGGUCGGGGAGCGCAAGGUGGCCGUGUGCCGGGAAAUGGCGGUCGUCCUGUUGGCUAACUUGGCUCAGGGCGACAGCUUGGCGGCACGGGCCAUCGCCGUACAGAAAGGCAGCGUGGGGAACCUGCUGGGCUUCCUGGAGGACAGCUUAGCGGCGACCCAGUACCAGCAGAGCCAGAGCUCCCUGUUACAAAUGCAGGGCGGACCCCAUUUCGAACCCACCAGUGUGGACAUGAUGCGGCGGGCGGCCCGGGCCCUGCACGCUCUCGCUAAAGUAGAGGAAAACCACUCAGAGUUCACUUUGUACGAGUCGCGGCUACUGGACAUCUCGGUGUCCCCACUUAUGAACUCUAUGGUGUCCCAAGUGAUCUGUGAUGUACUGUUUCUGAUCGGCCAGUCAUGACAGCCGUGGGGAGGUGUCAGCUCCGCCUCUUUCCGUUCCCCCUCACCCCCGUUCUUUUUUUGUGUGCGUGUGUCUGUUGCGUGUGAGUGAAGAGCAAAAACUGACUGUCCUAUUUUUUUUUUUUUUUUUUUUUAAUUUAUGCAAAAUC